GGCGACAAACUGCCGCCCGGCGUCAUUUCAAAGCGAGCAUCGACACCAGCCAUCAGGGAGGAUGUAGUUUGGGGGAAAACGCCGUUUUAUUUCGGGCAGAUAAUGACGGAAGUGAUGAGCAGCUGUGAGCCUGUAAUGGAGGAUUUUACUUUAAACCAGACACCAGAAGAGGGAAAACUCCCCUUUCAGAUAUUUCCUGAUCCCCAAGAAAAAUCUGAAAGAUUUCCUAAGAUGACAAAAAGGCUGCCAUCAAUUGUGGUUGAACCAACUGAGACUGGUGAGGUGGAGAGUGGAGAGCUCCGAUGGCCUCCUGAUGAAAUGAAUGUGUUAGAGGAUGAGGAGCAUCACCAAAGUGAAUUAACAUUCAAACCAAAAAUACCCGAGGAUGAGGAAGAAGAUAUAUCAUCACAACCCAGUCAAAUUCCUGAAAUUGAAAUAGACUAUUCUGAUCAAAGAACAUCAGAAAACUCAAAUGACGACAGCUAAAAGCUGACAUGACCCAACUGGAACCCCACUGUGAAUGUUUGGUCACAGACUGGAACCUGGUAGAGAACCUCGAAAGGGAUUUUGAGUCAAAAGACUUGUUUGUCAAAAGGCUUCAUCUGAAUGUUUUGCAGUUACUUGAAUUUCUGACAUUAUUUAUGUAUAUGGUGGUUGAUGUUACAUAGAGAUAGUAUUUAUUGUUUAUCUAUUGUCUAUGUCUGAAAACCCCUGACAUUAAGUAUACAUUUAACCAUUAUGUUCAUAUUUGAUCAGCAAUGUCUUUAGUUGCCUAUAAAGCUACAUCUAUAGUAGCUGUUUUUACUCUUCCUGUUCUUCUAUGUCAAUCACUGGACCUGAUCCAGAUAUUGGAGUAAAAUGUUCAUUUUAGCAAGUAUUCAUUAGUGUUCCACUCAUAUUAGUGUAAAUGUGAAACAAGUAUAAGAAAAGGCAGACCAAACAUAUUCUGUCAUCAGAAAACAAACUAGUAUUGUUCACUUAGGUGUAAACACCAUGGAUGGAUUUUGAGUUUUGGAAUGCCAGAGGUGAUCUGGUAGCCAGGUUCUGGAAAGCUACAAUGGUUAAACACUGUGAUUUAUCAGCCUAAGAUCAUGUGGUCAGAAAUUAAUUAGCAAUUUGAGAAAAACCCAAGUUUGAGGUCUUGUUAUUCUAAACCUUUUUCCAUUUGCAAGUUGAGACAGUACUGUCUGUUCCCAGGCAACAGGAGAAAUGAAUAGCAUUGAAAUAGCAGAGGAAAAGUAAUACAAGGGCGUACUGAAGAGCACUAUGUCUAAACUGUACCUGAAGCCCAUCAUAGAUUAUUUGUGAUAUAUGGAAAAUGUCUCUUAUGUUUAUGUUACGGUUCAUUUUGAAAUCAAAAUCAUUCAGCCUUCUGCAUCAUUAUUACAAUUAAAAGUGUAAGUUUAUUACUUAUUUCUAGAACACAGAUGAAAAAGUGAACAGAUUUUCAUCCCUCUACUUUUAGACUGUAUUUAGUUAUAAAAGAUGCUAUCACAUUGGAUAAUGAGAUGGUAUCAAAUAUUGGAGAAUACUUUGAAGACAUUCUGAGGAUAUUAAGUACUGUAAGGACAUAGUCUCUUGGAAAUUGUGUAAUCAUUAAACAGUGAUAAAGGUGCCUAAUUUGAGCAACACUGAAUUGAACUGAUAGCAAUGACCAUGUUACGGGAGCACUGCUAUGGUGCUAUGUUAUCAAUUGCAUUGUAUCAGUUUAAAAAUUCAAAAUGUAAUGCCAGUGAGGAAGCUACCCACCCUGUUCGUGUACUCAUGAAGCUCUCGUAGAUAAUGUUUUCAUUUGGAAUUCAAUCUCCUAUAUUCAGAAAACCAGCAUCACAUUUCCAUGUCAAAAUUGCCACUGAAAAUAUAAAGAAUGUGGAAAUUUCCAAAGCAAUCCUCUAGUUCUUCAAAAAAAAUUAUUUGGAUAUUUUGGUUAGAAAGAAAGAAAAUAGCUAUUCACUAUUAUACAACUCCUUUUGGCACUUAGAGUUGAUUUGAUUAAAUGGCAAGGCUAAUGGAAAUUGAUUUAACCAAGACCACUGAUGUUCAAUGCAGCAAUAUAACAACCAAGAAUAUAAUUGGUGUUAGUGGCAUUCAAACCACAACUUAUUUGAGUUAGCAUGCAUGUCUAACAUUUACUGAGAAUUAAAUUAGAAAGGUUUAAAAUUCCCACUGUUCAAUGCUCAUUAGUCAAUACACAGAGAAGACAAUGAAAUGAACUGUGUACCAGAGGAAAAUUGUGUUGUGUUACAUAACAUUCAUCUCCAAUUGACUUCUCCACUUAUGUUUUGAUUCCAAUUCUGAAAUUUGGAAUGUGAAGACCAGUAUUACCUGUUACUGCAUACGUUUGGGUUGAAGAUUUCCUUGAAAUGUUUUAGGUCCAAAAUUCUUGUGCCUUCUGAACAGGAGAAUGACACAGUUUGAGAGAGAUGGUAGGGGAGAAGCUGCUUCAGGUGAACACUUGUUCUGUCAGCUCUUGAUGACUUGCAGCUUGGGAUUAGAAAUCCUUUGGGAAGUAGGAUAUGGGAAUUUUGCAUCCAUCCUUCUCUUGUUGCAUUCCUCGACUAAAUCCUGACUAAAAUGGAGUCCAGCAGCUUUUACAAUGUCAGUUUCCCUACUGGGAGAGAAAUACAUUUAAAUUUUGGACCUUUCAGCCUUUUUUCUUUUAAAUUCCAUCUACUCUGCUGUAGCUAGAUGCUACAGUGAAAUUCCUCCCCCUAUCUCUACCGGGAUUUGUUUCAAUGUGCCAAAAUGGUGCAUGAAUCCAUAAAAAGUAUGUAUGUUGACUGACUCCAUGAUUUCUGAUGGAGCUUCAGUACCUGACCAGCUGAUGGGCAGAAGCGCUGAUCUCUGCUGCACAUUUGACAAUGCAGAAUUACACCAGAAUGUUUGCGUCCACUGCCGAUUUAUAUGAUGGCUAUAUUUGUACCAGACUUCUGAUUCCAUCCUUACAUCACGAUGGCGAUGUCCUUUUAAUGAUUUCUGAUAGAAUUUAACAUACCCUGUGUUACAUUGUCACAUUGCUGCUUUCAAUUCUUUAAUCCUUUACAUACAGCGUCAGUGAUUUGAAUACUUUCAAUUUAUUAUACCUCCUAAUAAAAUCUAACCAUGACUCUUUCAUAAUUGUUGGGUUCAUUUUCCACGUGUGUAACAAUAUGAACGUAACUUGUGACAUCUGUAGUGUGCUUCCUUUUGCUAAAUGUCAGCAGUCAUUAUGGCAGGCUGACAUUCCUUGCAACCUGCUUCUCAAUGUUUGGUCCUAGUGGUGGAUGCAUGAAUGAAUGUAUCUAGCUAAAAGGGCAGAUUGUCUGUGAAGUGCAAAAGUUACUUCAUUCUUGCUGACCAACUGAGAAUACCUGCCUUUGUUGGGCAGGGCUUUAGCUGGCAGUAACCACCAAGUUCAUAAAUACACAAAGAAAAAGAUGAUGUAAAUAUCAAAUAUAUAAAUUGUAACUCUUUGGUGGCGAAAACAUCUGUGAAAUGCCUGCUGUCCUAUUAAACCAUGACAUUAAUUUUCCCAGUAGUUGAUUUCCAUUUGCAUUCUUUAAAAUACACCAUGUUAGCCUGAUAACGGGAGAAGGGCAGGGAUUCUGAAUGAUUGGAUAGUCUCCCACCAUGCAUUAUUUGAAAUUAUAUUAGCAUCCAAAAAUGGGGCACUGUUUCAAUCAUUAGCUGUUUCCAAAAUACUCACUUUAGUGAGAACUCUAUACAUGCCAUUUUUGUGCUAUAGCAAUAGAACCUCAUACAGCAACAGAACACAUAACUCAGUCCUCAAUUAUGUGACUAUUUUUAAUUCAGUACCAGCAUUUAUAAUAGAUGUGCACAUUUGUGAUGCUGUACUUGAAAAAAAACAAGUCUGAUUUUGUUUCUAGUAGUUUGUUUAGCAAGAAGUGUAUGUGCCACUUUCUUGUUUCUACAAUUCAACAAUAUAUCUGAUACUCUGC